UCUGGUUUAAAUUCUUAUAACAUAGGAAUGAAUUGUCGAGUCUCAUUUUUACCCGUUGCAUUUUCUUCAUUGUGGACAGUAAAUAGUCUUGUAAAAGUGUCGUCAAUGCCAUGUCCUUAUGAUCAAAUAUUGGAUAACAAGAAAAAUAUUUGCAAAGCCUGUGAGUCAGGCUACUUUGGCGUCAAUUGUUCUCUCACUUGUCGAUUCCCAAGUUUCGGAGAUGACUGUCAGCAGCAAUGUUAUUGUACCCAGCAGUAUUGCCAUCCCUCAAAGGGAUGCAUCAGUACAGAAAGUGGGACCAGUUUGGCACAAACAUAUUCGUCUAACAUUUUUCUCGGAACUAUAGUAUUUCUAUUGACAUUGCUUGUCGUUUUCCACGCCAUCUACAUUGGUAGUACGAUGCUCUACAGACGCAGCGUGCAGCAAAGGGAACGAAAACCUUGUUCAACGCAGCAUCACAGAUACGAGGAAACUGUAUCUUGUCAUUUUGGUGAUUCAAUGCCUUAUCAAAAUGCUGCAAUGAACUCACAUUAUGCAAACAGCAGAACCUGAAAAAUGAAUUCUUUGUUUUAAAAAAGCAACACCAGAUAUCGAAGGAAACGGAAAAUUUGAAACAGAUCGUAAAUGUCCUAACUUAAUUUAUGUAAAUAAAUGAGGUAUGGGUGGUUUAAUUAGGUCCGUUGGUAUAUCUGAAUGCAGGCGUAGGAGCACUGUUUCCAAGGGAUAUCAAUUUAGUUCCUUAGCGAGAAAGAAAGUGAGCAAAUAAUUUGCAAGUGGAUAAAUUUGAGAUUUACGAAGUUUUUGAUGAACAUGACGAACAUUGCCUAUUACAUUUUGCAUGACAAUAAUUCUUACGUUGUAAAUAUGUUAAUAAACCUUAAAUACAGAGAUUUCAUGGAUCUUGUUUUGUAAAAUUUCACGGAUUUGUAUUGUUUGUCGGACUUUAGAACGAUUCCUUUUUGUUAAGCGAAAAACAAAGAAAAAGGUGUAUAUAUUUUAGUUUAAUAAACAUAUUCCUGAUAUUGUUGAAUGCAUUUUUAUUUCUUUUUAAAUAAAAAAUAUAUCUGCACACGGACAGAAAACCGAACUGGAGUCUCUAUUAAUUAAAAACACGAAAGAAAUAUAAACAGAAAUGUUCCAUUGUAAAAUCUGUCAAACAACCAUUAAGAGAGAGAGAGAGAGAGAGAGAAUGCGAGACAAACCCAAUGAGAGGGAACUCAGGGAAGUAAAUUCACUAAAUAUCAAAAAGGGAUGCAAAAAUUAUUUCCUUGAGAGACCCGCCGUCUUCACAAAAUGGCAUCGAUAAUCACUACUUCAUAUUCAUACUAUACAUACUGUUAGCAGGAAAUUGAAGAUUAUGAUUUCGUAUGGAGCGAUAAAAUACAAACAUCGCCAACCUAUGAGGUUUGAACCUUUCCACCGAAAGUUACACACAAUUCUACGAAUCACGUAAUAUCCAUUCCGUGAUUGAAAAUAUGCCAUAUUUAGCUUUGAAAAAAAUUAAAAUAAAACAAAAUUCUUUUAAUUUCUUUUAGUGAUCCAAAUAGUUUUAGCCAUUUACUUUUCUUUCUCAUGUAUAAACUGUGAUUUCAUGUUUUCAGAUAAAUGAAAAUAAAUUUGAAUCCUGCCUUCACAGUAAUCCAAAGCUUCAUGAAAAUCUUACAACGAAGGAUUCAUAGCGGGUUUCAGUAAACGUUCAUCUUAGACUUUUUCUUUGCU